AUGGCAACGCCAUUCCUUAUCUCGUGCCCCUCCAACCCCACCUCAGGGCUCUCCAUCAAGCAGAUCGCCUACUUCGGGCGAGUGUCGGUGAAGGUCUCGAGUCUCGCCGAGGCCGAGCAAUUCCUGCGCCAGAACUUCCGCCACCUCGAUGUCUUUGUUGACGCGACUACCAUCCCCUCCGCCGGCGAUCUUGUCGAUGUCCUCAACGCCGGUGCCGCGAAGAUUCUCAUCACCCUCGACCAAUUGACCGCACUCUCCCAGGAACAAUCAGUCCCGUCAUCACGUCUGCUCGUCAAUGCCCCUUCAGAUGCUGAGUUGGACACUCUCCAGCAGUGGAUCGCUGCCAAUGCCUCCGAGCGCAACGAGGCCAGUGUCUGUACUGCUCCCGCCUCGAUCUCCGCCGCUGCCACAAAGUUGAAUAUCAGCUCCGAUUCUCCUCGCCUGUACACUGCUUUCGGUAAUCAAGUCAUCUCGGAGGAUUCAGUCAAAUCAGCUAUCGAGCAAAAUGCCAUCGCUAUCAUUCCCUCUCAAGCGUUGACCGUCGAGCGGGAUGCGGCUAGUCAAAUCUCUGCCGCCAAAUUAAUUGCUUCACGCGCGGUCACUGACCAAUCCAAUGGCCUCUACGCGACCUCAGUGACAGAUGAGCGGGGAGUCUGUCUAGGGUUUGUAUGGAGUAGCGAUGAGAGCAUUGCAGAAGCCAUCCGUACUGGCACCGGUGUCUACCAAAGCCGCAAGCGCGGGCUGUGGUACAAGGGCCAGUCCAGCGGAGACACCCAGGAACUGAUUCGCAUUGGUUAUGACUGUGAUGCUGACUGCCUGGUCUUUGUUGUCAAGCAGACCGGACGAGGCUUCUGUCACCUCGGUACUGAGUCCUGUUUCGGUGCCUCCACUGGUCUUUCUCGUCUUCAGAAGACUCUUCACGAACGCAAAGCUAAUGCUCCCGCCGGAUCUUAUACCGCACGCCUGUUCAAUGAGCCUAAACUCGUCGCGGCCAAGGUUAUGGAGGAGGCCGAGGAGCUGUGCGAGGCAAAGACCAAGGAGGAAAUUGCCUUUGAGGCUGCCGAUCUGUUUUAUUUCGCUCUCGCUAGGUGUACUGCUGCUGGUGUGUCCUUGGAAGACAUCGAGCGCAACCUCGACCUCAAAAGUCUCAAGGUCAAGAGGAGAAAGGGCGACGCUAAGGGUCCUUGGGCUGAGAAGGCUGGUCUGGCCCCUGCCGAGUCCAAACCUGCUGCUCCUGCUGCUGCGCCUGCGCCUGCGCAGUCGGCGACAGAGGAUCGCACCACCCGCAUUGAAAUGCAGCGUGUCAUUACAGCCUCUACCCCCGCUGACGAGGUCUCGGCCUUCCUGAAGCGUCCUUCGCAGAAGUCCAACGAUGCCAUUGUUGCCAUGGUGAAGCCUAUUAUUCAGGAAGUUCGUGAAGGUGGAGAUGCCGCCGUACUCAAGUACACUCACAAGUUCGAGAAGGCCACUUCAUUGACCUCUCCAGUCAUCAAGGCUCCCUUCCCCGCUGAGCUCAUGAAGUUGACCCCCGAGGUUCAGGAGGCCAUUGAUGUUAGCAUUGGUAACAUUGACCGAUUCCACUCUGCCCAAAAGGGAAGCAAUGAUGCCUUGACGAUGGAGACCAUGCCUGGUGUCGUCUGCUCCCGUUUCUCGCGUCCAAUUGAACGUGUUGGUCUUUACAUUCCCGGUGGUACCGCCGUGCUGCCUUCCACUGCUAUGAUGCUGGGUGUUCCUGCCAUGGUGGCCGGCUGCCAGAAGAUCGUCCUGGCCUCGCCUCCUCGCUCCGAUGGCAGCAUCUCGCCCGAGAUUGUCUACGUCGCUCACAAGGUCGGCGCUGAGAGCAUUGUUCUCGCUGGUGGUGCUCAGGCGGUGGCUGCCAUGGCUUACGGUACCGAGAGCAUCACCAAGGUGGAUAAGAUUCUCGGUCCUGGUAACCAGUUCGUGACCGCAGCCAAGAUGUUCGUUUCCAAUGAUACUUCCGCCGGUGUCAGUAUCGACAUGCCCGCUGGCCCCAGUGAGGUUCUUGUCAUCGCCGACAAGACCGCCAACCCCGCCUUUGUUGCCUCUGACUUGUUGAGUCAGGCCGAGCACGGUGUCGACUCCCAGGUCAUCCUGAUCGCCGUCGACCUGAGCGAGCAGGAGCUUCGCGCCAUCGAGGACGAAGUCGAUGCCCAGGCCAAGGCCCUUCCUCGCAUGGACAUUGUCCGCGGCUCUCUUGCACACUCUUUCACUCUUGUCGUCAAGGAUAUCGACGAGGCCAUGGUUCUCAGCAACGAGUACGCUCCCGAGCACUUGAUCCUGCAGGUCAACAACCCCGAGGCCAUCGUCGAGCAGGUUCAGAACGCUGGUAGCGUGUUCAUUGGUCCCUGGACCCCCGAGAGUGUUGGUGACUACUCUGCCGGUGUUAAUCACUCUUUGCCCACCUACGGCUACGCUAAGCAAUACUCCGGCGUCAACCUAGGCUCUUUCCUGAAGCACAUCACCAGCUCCAACCUGACUGCCGAGGGUCUCAUGAGUCUCGCAAAGACCGUUGAGACUCUCGCCGCUGUCGAGGGUCUGGAUGCCCACAAGCGGGCUGUCAGCAUUCGUGUCGCUCACAUGCAAAAGGACCGCUCAUAG